AUGGGCAAAUUGAAUUUCACUGCCCUUCGGGUGCGACAGACAGCCAUCUCACAAUUCGCCAGUGGAAAGACCAGCAAACUGCCACAAUGGGUCGACGUGAUCGGCGAAAUUCCUCCUGCUGAAACAAUCAUUCGUACCCGUGCUCCUCAGCACCAGCUUGUUCACCAGCGGAUGAAGACCGUCGAAGGAUCCUCGAAGCCGCAGGUCGUCUUCCAAGUCCAAGAGAAGCGCAGAAAACCAAAGAAGGCCAGCCGAAUUUUCCAGCCCGUCGAGCUUAAAUAUGAAGAAGACCAAUUGCGUACCGAGUUCUUCCGCGAUCACCCCUGGGAACUUGCCCGACCCCGUGUGCUUCUUGAGAGUUCUGGCAAGGACUUUGAACACUACGAUUGGAGCCGCCUUCAACAGCCAGGAAAGCGGUUAGAUGGUGAAAAUGUUGUCCAGCGACAGCUAUGGCUUUUGAACAACGUCCCAGACAUGACCAAGAGUAACGCCUACGAUAUUGCUCGUCGAGAGUUCUACCGAGUUCGAUUGCAAGAGGACAUUCAGCGUCGGGUCGCCGCGGAAGAAGCCUCGGCAUAUGGCGCAGAGUUUGGACCUUCAUACUUGGAUAUUGGUAUGAAGUUGGAAGAUCAACAAUACAACAAAUGGGUUGCUUGGGCCCGUGAAACAUCACAAGUUCAAGAUCAGCGGAAGGCAGCUCUUGUGGGUGCUCCAGAGCUGGGAGAUGACACAGUGGAACCAUCUGAGCUCGAGGGUGAGAACGAGGAAGCCCAAGAGGAGACGAAGUAG